AAAAUUUCCUAUAAAUUAACAUGGCGCAAGAGAACCCAAAUAUCUUCUUCAUUAAUAAAGAAAAUGGGGAUGGAGCCAAGCCAGAGACUGAAUCGUUCGAAAAUGCUGAGUUUACCCUCACAGAUGAAAAUGGAAGGAAUAAGGUUAGAAAUAAUAUAUUUAAUGCCCUCACUGGGUCUGGAGAUGUAGAGGACCUCCAGCAAGCACAAUACCCACCAGCACAAUUGACCGAGAUGAUAGAAGAGGAACUGAUCAAGGAGUUUAAAGAAUGAGAAAAAGCUAGUUACAAGUCAGCCUCGGCUAAUGCUAUUAAAAGACUGAGUGGUAAAAGAUUUGCUGAGUCAAGGAGACAACUUGCUCAUGGUGAAUUCGAAAUUAUUGAUUUUAUUAAGGGCAAAAAUCCUAAACCUCAGAGAAGAGCACAAACGGCAAGAAGAAGUCCUCCAGGUAGGACGCCGCCAAAUUCAAAUGGACCUGGCCCAGUCAAUAGAAGUAGAGGAGUCAGACCUCCUGGGAUUGCAAAUAGAGGAGCAAGGGGUAGAGGCGCUCCACCAGGAAUACGGGGAGUUCCUAAUAGAGGUCGUGGAAGAGGAGGAAUGCCAGCCAGAGGAGGACUACUUAGAACAGUAGAGCCAGUACCAAACCCGCCUAUUCAACCUCAGCCUGAGGAAGAAAAUGAUGAAGGGCAAGAAGAAGAACAUAAUGAAGACGAAAGACCUCAGCAGCCUGCUAUUCAAAUUCCUCAAGAAAAUAGUCAGGAAGAAAGUAAAAAUGUAGAGAAGGUUGAAGAGGAAGUAAAACAAGAUCCUGUUGAAGAAGCAGUAAGUCCUCCAGUGAAGGAAGAUAAUCCUCCUGAAGAAAUGGAAACAAGCAAAGAUCAAAAACAAGAUGAUGGUCAAAAUAAGACUCCAAAGAUGCCAAAGAGCGGAGACAGAAGAGGUCAACCAAAGCCUGGAAAUCAAGGAGGUCCUCCCCCAGUCAUAGCUACUAGAGGAAGAGGGCACCGCCCUUCUCCUGCUAUCAGAGGUAGAGGGGGAAGACCACCAAUGGUGGCUCCUAGACCCGUUCCAACCCAACAACCUAUUCAGCAAACUGAACAACAACCAGUUAAAAGAGUAGAAAUAGAAGAAGAAGUUGUUCAUGAAGAAGAAAAGAAAGUUGAAGGAGUAGAUUCUCAUGAAUCACAAGAAGGACCAACAAAAGUAUCCCAUCAAACUCAAGAAGGAAACUUAAAGUUUGAAGGGAACACUAAUUUUGAAGAAUCUCAAAGGAAGAAAGCUGAAACAAAGGACAUGUUUGGGCAAAUCUUUGGAAGUGACGAACCUGACAAAAACAGUAAAAAUAGAGGACGAUCUCCUAACUUUAGUGAACAAAGGUACGCCACACAUGAGGAUGAGGAUAUUUCAGAGAGUUACAAUCCUACAGGUCAUAAUACAGAGAGGCCUUCUAAAACUCAGAAUUCUACUAAAAGGAUCAAUCUUAACAAGACGGUUGAUUUAUUUGCUGAUAAUUCUGGAAGGAUCGAAGCUGAAGAAGUUGAAAAUGCUGGAUCUGAAACAAAGGAUGCUCUAAACACCUCCUUUGGUAUUGAAGAUGCCUCUCCACUAAACGGAGGACAAGAGAAUAAUGAUGCAUCUAGCACAACCAAGAUAUUUGCUUCAUCAGCACACGAUGAACAUGGCAAUAGAUCGAAGACUCCUCCUGUUCAUACAAGAAGACAUCAACUUCAGAGUGAAUCUAAUGACAAAACUGAAUAUCAUAAACCAAUAGGUGCAAACCACGAUUUCCUUAUAGAAGAGCCUGUGAUGGAGCCUGACAGAAAUGACCAGCCUUCAGAUGAUGAAAGAAGUGUUGAAACUCCAACAAUCAACGAAGAGAACUUAAAUAAUGAUUCUGAAGAGAUCUAUCAAAAUAAAGACAGUGAUUCCCCUCAACAUUCUAAAAAGGUUCCUGUUGAUAUUAACCAAGACGAAGAGACCAAGGAAGAAAAGAAGAUAAAUAUUGACAGGAAUAAACGCACUAAGAUACUUUAUGAAGAAGAUAAGCAUGAAGAAACUCAGCAUUCUGUAACUCACAAUAAAUUAACAAAGGGUGAGUUUACCAUCAAUGAAGCCCAGGACCAUAAGAAUUCAAGCUUUGGAGGAAUCUCAGCUAUCGGAAACAACAUCAAAACUCUAAAUAUGAGCAAAUAUGACCAGUCUGCUCCCUUCAGUAGAACUUCUAGCGUGAAAUCCAUACCUGAUGAGCUAGAACUGGCUUAUGAGAGCCUGAAGAAUAAGAAGUUAGAAUGUGAAUCUCUCCAAAAACAACUAGAGCAAAGAAAUAAUGAACUACAAGUCCAGAAGCAAGUGAAUAGCACAUUAAAGAUAGAACUCGAAAAUGAAAGAAUGAAAAAGCAAGAAGGAAAUAUUAACGCAAAGCUUCAAGCUGAAAACCAAGAAUGAUGGAGAAUCAUCAGUCAACUUAAGAAAGAGCAGGAGGAGUAUCAACAUACAAUUUUCCAGGCUCUCCAAGGACUUGGCAACUUCGAUGCCAGGUCUCUAGACCAGUCUAGUACUCUAAACAAGGAAGAAAAGAAGUAUGAGGAAGAGAAAAUAGAUCCAGCUAAAGACCAUAAGUAUGAUUAUGAGGAAUAUCUCAGACAAGAACAACCUAUGCAGCAGCAUAUCGCUCCUCCAGCGAGACAUCAUGCCCAGCCUAAUGUUGCCACCCAGAAGAUGAUCAACAACGCUGCUGGGAGCGGCUCUAACCAGGAAGACUUCAUUCAAGACAGAAAUAAUUAUGAAGAGGAAUACCAUGAAUAUGAAAUGGAUGAUGCCUUCGGCCAUGGCUACAACGAGGAAGGCACCAGUGGUGGAAAUGCUAAAGCUGCUGAAUAUGACAAAGAAGUCAAGCCAACGACUACUCAUAAACAAAACAUGAAUGAGAGCAAUAUUAAAGCUGAAGACAGAGUAAUCCAAGGUAAUGAACGAAGAGGGAGGCAGAUAAAAGGAAACAAAAUGAGAGCUCCAAACAAAACUCAAGAAGCUGGUAGAGAUUCCACUGAUGAGUAUGAAGAAGAAGACAAAAACACAGCAAUGAAUUCCUCUUCAGGAAUUCAAUCAGCUCACUACAAAAAGAGGGAGAAAGGCAAGCAGAGCCAACCUCUAGGAAGACAAGUUGAUGGAAGUUCUUCAUCACAAUUUCAUAAUACGGCUAAACAGGAUUUAAGAGUUGGUGGAAUGGAAUCAUAUAUUCCAAAUAUGGGAUCAAACUAUGCUCCUCAUCCUCAUAAUAAAUACAGACAAGGAGUUCCAAUGCAAAACACGAGUACUGGAGAUUCUAGCUACUUUACUCCAAAAAUGCCAAAUAGAAAAGAUCAAAAGCUUAGUGCUGAGAGUGGCGGGACUGAUUUCAACCAGAACCAGAGCACUACCAACAACCAAGAAGAUUCUAAAACUCCAAAUAACACUCAAGGAAAUUCCACAAAUUCUCAGAGGAUGCAGUCAAGAGCCAAUGUACCUCCUCUCAACAUGGCACAUAAGAUGCCAUCUCCAGAAUUUGACCAAAGGAAUCAUGGGCCAAAGAACCGAGUUGUAGGAGGCAACCAUGAGGAAGAUGUCCUCCUUGGCGAGAAUGAGGUGUCUACACCAAGAAGAAAGGACCAAUUCGAAAAUGACUCUAAAAAGACUAGUGGUGCUUCAACUCCUUCCAGAGAUGGAGCUGAUACUCCUACCAGAAAGAAGUUUAAUGAACACCAGCAGCAGCUAGGUGAGAAUAAAGGCUUUAUUCAUGAUCUUACAGCUGCUAAUAUUAGCAGAAAGUAUCCAAUAGACAGACCUCGAGGUGCUCAGAAUGCUGAGAAUAGCAGAAACACUCAUUCUUCGAACAAUAUUUACCCACAGGUGCCGUUCGGGGAACAAAUGGAACCACCCCAGUUUAACUCUCAGAAUUCUUUUGAAGAUAGAAAGAAUAACGAAGGAGACAUUCUAAAUGACAGAGACAAUAAUUACUACGAGAGGGAGAGAGAGCAGCAGUUUAGGGAUAGCGCAAGCAGAUGGGAAGCUCCACAAUCCUUUGAGUAAGCCAUUAACUUAAUAAGCUCCUUUCAAUUUUUGUCUCCAAAUCU